AUGACUGCGGGCAGAGUCAACCCUUACAGCAUCGUGUCCUCCGAGGAAGACGGGUUGAGGUUGACCACCAUGCCAGGUAUCAACGGCUUUGGCAAUGGGAAAAUCCACACUAGGAGGAAAUGCAGGAACAGGUUUGUAAAGAAGAACGGUCAGUGCAAUGUGGAGUUCACCAACAUGGAUGACAAGCCACAGAGGUACAUUGCAGACAUGUUUACCACGUGCGUUGACAUCCGCUGGAGGUAUAUGCUCUUGCUCUUUUCCCUGGCAUUUCUGGUGUCCUGGUUAUUGUUUGGGCUGAUUUUCUGGCUAAUUGCACUCAUUCAUGGAGACCUAGAAAACCCAGGUGGAGAUGAUACCUUCAAGCCUUGCGUUCUGCAGGUCAAUGGCUUUGUGGCUGCUUUUCUGUUCUCCAUUGAGACCCAAACGACUAUUGGUUACGGCUUCCGCUGUGUGACAGAGGAGUGCCCGCUUGCAGUCUUCAUGGUGGUGGUUCAGUCCAUCGUGGGGUGUAUAAUUGACUCUUUCAUGAUAGGUGCAAUAAUGGCAAAGAUGGCCAGGCCCAAAAAACGGGCCCAGACAUUACUUUUCAGCCAUAAUGCAGUAGUGGCAAUGAGAGAUGGAAAACUCUGCCUGAUGUGGCGAGUUGGGAACCUCCGGAAAAGCCACAUAGUAGAAGCCCACGUACGAGCUCAGCUAAUUAAGCCCAGGAUCACAGAAGAAGGGGAGUACAUACCGCUCGACCAAAUAGACAUUGACGUGGGGUUUGAUAAAGGCUUGGACCGUAUCUUCUUGGUGUCCCCCAUCACCAUUCUCCAUGAGAUCAACGAAGACAGCCCCUUGUUCGGGAUCAGCCGCCAGGACUUGGAGACAGAUGACUUUGAGAUUGUGGUCAUCCUGGAAGGCAUGGUAGAAGCCACUGCUAUGACGACACAAGCUCGGAGCUCCUACCUGGCCAGCGAGAUCCUCUGGGGCCACCGCUUCGAGCCUGUCUUGUUCGAGGAGAAAAACCAGUACAAAGUAGACUAUUCCCACUUCCACAAAACCUAUGAGGUCCCGUCCACCCCCCGUUGCAGCGCCAAGGACUUGGUGGAGAACAAGUUCCUGCUGCCCAGCACCAACUCCUUCUGCUAUGAGAACGAGCUGGCCUUCAUGAGCCGGGACGAGGAAGAAGAAGAUGACGACAGCCGGGGAUUGGAGGACCUGAGCCCGGACAACAGGCACGAGUUCGAUAGGCUUCAAGCCACAAUAGCGUUGGAUCAGCGGUCGUACAGGAGGGAGUCGGAAAUAUGA